UGCAUUAUUCCUGUUCAGUUUGACUUCGGGCCAGACUGCAUGUUUUACCCACUACAACAUAAAGGGGCAUAACUCUAACUUACAACCGGCAAGAUGGCUUCGCAACGUGACACGUCCACUAUUUGUAUAUUUGAUGUCGAUGGCACCCUUACGGCCCCAAGACUUAAAAUCUGCCCAGAUAUGGAGGAAUUUCUUAAAAAAUUGAAAAGUAAAGUCCACGUGGGUCUUGUAGGUGGUUCAGAUCUGGUAAAGAUAGAAGAACAGAUGCAGGAUCUCGAAAAAAAUGAAUCUGUCACGAAGAAGUUUGACUAUGUCUUCUCAGAAAAUGGUUUAGUUGCCUUCCAUAAUGGUGAAAAAGUUGGCCAGGAGAACCUUCUUCAUUAUGCUGGAGAAGACAAGCUACAAGAAGUCAUCAAUUUUGCUAUGAAGUACAUGUCAGAAAUCGUGUUGCCAGCAAAAAGAGGCACAUUUUUUGAGUUUCGCAGCAGUAUGAUCAAUAUAUGUCCAGUUGGUAGAAGCUGUUCACAAGAGGAAAGACUUCAAUUUGUAGAAUAUGAUACGAAAAACAAAAUGAGAGAGAAGUUUCAGGCUGCCCUCAUAAAAGAGUUCCCUGAUGCAGGUCUGGUCUUUGCCAUUGGUGGUCAAAUCAGUAUUGAUGUGUACCCUGUAGGAUGGGACAAAACCUUCUGUCUUAAGUUCAUAGAGAAGGGAAAUUAUAAGACAAUACACUUCUUUGGUGACAAAACUGAUCCAGGCGGCAAUGACCAUGAGAUUUUUAGUGAUCCACGGACAAUCGGACACAAAGUGACCAGUCCAGAUGACACGAUAAAACAGGUCUCAGAACUGUUCUUCAAAGACUGACACAUCUAGUUCCUAUAUACAUGUAUAUCUAUGAAAUCUCACACUUCAUUUUGUCAGAAAUAUGGGACAGCCAGUGCGGAAAACACAGUUUUAAAUUGAAAAGACUUGGGGAAGUAAUGAAAAGUUCAAAUUUAAGAUAUAUACUGUAGUAGAAGGUCUUUCUGGGUAUGUGAUUUUAGAACAUACAAAAUGUAGUGUUGUUUUUUUUGCAUUUUCUGCAGAUUUUAUUUAUUUCAGACCUUUUAAAUCUAUUGUGCUUUAUAAACAGUAGAUGGGUGUAUUGUAGGUAUAAAUAUUCUUGUGAAAGAAUUAUUGGGGAGGGCAAUCAUAUAAGUAUUUUAUGUAAAUGAGGCUGUGUGGAAGUGGAAGGAAAGAACCAAAAAAAUGCCUAAUGAUGCAUAAUCGACUAGUAUAUAUAGUGUUAUCGUUAUUUAUAGGUAUCAUUCAUUACAAUCACAUGUUAGGAUGAUAUGUUACUUUGUAAAUGAUUCCGAGUGAUGUAUGUACUGUACAAGAGUGAUGUUUUGGUACGUCAUGUGUAUGUAUAUUGAGAUUUGGUACAAGAAUGGUGGUUAUUGUAUGUUUAGAAUCGCAAUAGGUCAUGUGUGCUAUGGAGAUUCAUAAUGAUGUCACAGAUAUCGAGAGAUUCAUUGCAAAUGUGUACAUUAUAAUUGUGUUAUAUUUAAAGCACAAUCAAGAUACAUGUAGUUAUGUUUGACAGACACAACCAGCUGUGAAAGAUAAAGGAAAAUUUCAAAUACCAAUUUGUGCACUUUCAGUAUAAUCUAAUAUUGUAUUUCUAUUUAUUCAUUUAGAUAUAUUCUUGUUCUGUUUGGUAGACAUUAUGGUAUUUCCAUUUCUUGAUUUCCCAGGAAUCUCAAAUAAAAUCUACCUUCAGAUAACUAUCAUGAUGAACUUGUAUUUUCAAAUAAAAAUGAGAGAAUCUGUUAACAACAGAACCAGUUUAUACCAACUGUUAUAUUGGAGAAUGUUACACAUGUGCUCAGUUAUAUUGGAGAAUGUUACACAUGUUCACUGAAGCAAGACAAAUAUUUUCUUAGCUACAGCAAACAAAAUAUUCCAUACAUAUAAGUAGAAUGCAUGAUUUCCAUAUAUAGUAUUUGGUGUUCUUUAAAUUAUAAAAUGAUGGACUCCGAUCAAUGUUUCAAAUUAAAUUCUUCUGCAAAUUACGCCAUGUUGUACUGAAGUAGAAAUACACAAUUUGACUUUUAAAGGAAAUAUAAAAUGAUAACAGGUUGAGAUUUUUAAAAACACGGUUUUGAAAAAGCGUUCAGACACACGACAAUGUAUGGAGGGUGGACAUCUUUGAAUAUCAAUAAGAGCCUCCUUCAUAUCCUAUGGAAUGCCUGUGAAUAAACAUAGCUAAAUGAUAGAAUAUUACUGGUUAUACAAUAUUACUGGUUAUACAAUAUUACUGGUUAUACAAUAUUACUAGUUAUAACUGGUUAUUAGUGAUUAUAGAAUGUUGCUGGUUAUCAGGAGAGCGAGGUCUCUGAUAUUAUGGUUUCUGUAUACAUACAAUGUAGCUGCUUUAAUGAUGCAAGGGAAGUAAGUGUUGCAAAUGGAGGCAAUAAUGUCUGCCUUGUUUGAGGAAAAUGUCAAACAUGUGGUAUUAAACAUGAGUUUGCAUUCAACACCAUUAUUUAUUUUGUUCCGAAAAAAAUUAUUUUUUAUAACAAUUUAUUUGUCAAUUUUGAUUAAAAUCUUACGUACUUUU